CCAUAGGCGGAGCGUUGUGCGCUGAUACCGGUAGCAGCGCGGCGGCCGCCGCUGUCCCGCAGGGCGAUGGAGCAGCCCCGGCUCAUCACCGACUCCUUCCCCCGGCGGCUGCGGCGGCGGCGGCCGGGCCGAGCCCCGGGCACCGGCAAAGGGAAGGGGAAGGGCACGGGGUGUCCCCCGGUUCCAGCGGCGGAGGAGCCGCCGGGGGCCGGUCCGGACCGGAGCGUCCUGGAGAUGCUGCGGAGCUUCGAUCUCGCCUGGGAGUAUGGGCCGUGCACUGGAAUCACCCGCCUGCAGCGCUGGGAGCGGGCGCAGGCGCUGGGGCUCAGCCCCCCGGACAAGGUGCGUGAUGCCCUCCUGGAGCAUAAGGAUGAUCCCAGCGUCAUCUACAACCUCUGGCACGAGUACGAGCUCUGAGCCGCUGCUGCUGCACCCCAGCACUGGAGGGAGCACAGGGGGGGCCGUGGCCUCUGCCCCCCCCCCCCGGCCUGGCUGCAUUAAAGGCUGUGUUGAAGGA